CUUAAUGAAACGCAAACGAUGCAGACGCAUUUUAACGGAAAUAACAACCAAACACUGGAAUAAAAUAAAUUAAAAUUUUGAAAAAAAAAAAAUAUUAACAAAAUAGUUAAAAAUAUAUAAAAAUUAUUGCUGUAAAAGAAAUCUAAGUUGAAAUAUUUAGAUUUUUUUUAUUUUUGAAGAGAAAAAGUAUCAAAAGAAAAACGUUUAGAAAAUAAAACAAAUUUAAAUAAGUUUUAAAAACAACUGUAACUAUAAAUGAAAACAUAGAAAUAACAAGAGAAAAAUUAAAAGUGUUUAACGGAAAAAAGUGAAAAUUAAAAAAUUUCUUAAAAAAAAUUUAAAUCAAAGAAAUUUUAAGAAAAAAUCGAAAAAUUUUCUGGCAAAUAACAUUCAACAGCUUUUAAUAGUUUUGACGUUGUUUGCAAGGUUGUGUUAUUUCCUUUGCUAUUGUGGUCUGUUUAAGUUGGGAAUUAAGCCAAAUUUCAAUUGAAAGAAUUUUGUUAUUUCGAAACAUUGAGCCGUUGUGUAAACUAAAAAAGAAAUUUUUAUUUUGUUUAUAAAUAGCGAAUUAUUUUGAUUGUUUUCCAUUGUUUCCAUUAUUUUAUGGCUUUACAAUGACGAGACACCUGCAGUAUUUAUGUGCCUGUACUUGUAUAUGGCUUUUGGCUUCAACGCAAAAUGUUUUCGCUUUAGAAAAAUGGUCACGCCAAUUGGAGGCCACCGAUCCGGGUGUAUCCGAUAGUUUUGAUUGGAUACCUUUGGCUCAGCCAGCCGAUAGUUCGACACAAACUAAAGAUCGUUCUGGCAAUGGUCGUGUUUUGACUUACUCGCAAGCCUUUCCCUCAAAUGGUCAUUUCAGUGAUUUUUCCAAAGGUUUCGGUUCACCUGUUUCGCAGAAACCUUCACCUUUUGAUUUUCCUUAUCCCUUUCAAAAUUUUGCCAGUGUUCCACAAGCUCAGUCGUUGAAACAACCUGCUUCGGGUCUUAAAACAAGUCCAUUCCAGAGUCAAGACCCCACAUCACAAUCGUUUUUCAAAUUUGAAAUGCCUUUGAAUCAACAGAAUACACGUAUUAAUUCGUCACCAUUGAAUGCUGGUUCGGGAGUAAAUACUGGUUAUCAAAUCUCACAUGCUUUUGGAAAUGGUGCUCAAGCUACUUUAUUCAAUUCUCCCGUUUAUAAUCAACAGCCCGUCUUUCCACCAGAAUUUCAUCCUGUAGCUGCUAAGCCUCAAAGUCAGCCGCUGCAACAGAAACCUUUAGUGCAAUCAAACUUUCUUUCUAACGAACCUAUUUCAUUGAAAAACUUUUUCAAAGACAACAAACCCACAUCGGCUUCUCCAUUGCAGGCCGUUUCGCCACAAGUUUUUCCACAAGCUGAUACACAAAACAAUUCUCCUUUCUCUUUGAGAUCUCCCUUCAGCAGUAUACCAUCCGGUCCAGCACCCUCAGCACCUUCACCACAACAGGAUCAGCAAUUUUUGUUUGUACCCUACAAUAACAUCUUCAGUCAAACACCACAAGCUCAGCCUUCUGUGCAGCAACAACAACAGCCGCAACCCCAAGUUCAAGCUCAGCCCCAGCAGCAGCCACAAGCUCAAAUUCCCCAACAAAAUCCCUUCGAUACUGCGCCUAAAUUCAGUAACAAUUUACCCACAGUCAAUCCUUAUCAAAUCAAUCAAUUCUAUACACCCGACACUAUUGGCCAGCAACCUCAACUUAAAUACUUAACCACCAGUACUACCACCACUACCAUAAGACCUCAAACAACUUCCUUAAAACCGGCCAAUAUAUUCCAAAACUUUGUAAAUCCUCAAUACGCCACCACCCCUAAACCAAAGCCAAAGGCUCAUCAACCUCCAUUGGCCAUGUUUUUGUUGCGUUCUUCUGCCCGACCCGUAGAAUCUGAUGUUGUUGAUACUUUGAGCAGCUCUAAGACAAUUGCUGUCAUUGAUUCUCCUACACAAAAUCCUCCAGACAUAUUUGUUGGUCCUUCCGGCAUGCCCACACCCAAUGGUUACACUAAAUUUGAUUUACCCUAUCUAUCGCAAUUGCAAGGUACACAAGAUAUUAAUGAUGUCUCCUUCUUUGUGGCUCCUUUGAGUUAUCGUACUCCUGGAGGUUUUAAUAAAAUUCUUUUGCCAGAACCUCAUGUGGGUUCUAUUGUUAUUAAUCUCUCAAAAUCAGGAUUAUCACAAGCGCCACCUCCACCACCUCAAUACUAUCAACCACAGCAACACCAACAGCCUCAGCAACACCAACAGCCUCAGCAACACCAACAGCCUCAGCAACUUCAACAGGUAGUAGAACAAGCAACAACCACCACUCACCGACCACGCACAUCCACCCAGAGGAUAAAAACUCAUCACCAAAGCAGUAACGCCAAUAGAGGCAAUAAGUUCAGCUAUUACUUUGAUCAGGAUCCCAUACAAGAAGUACCCUCACCACAAGUUAUCCACAAGGAGCGUCCCAAAAAGAAGAGACCUCAAUCGGUGAAAGUUGAACAGUCCGUCUUUACUCAACAGCUUAACAAUCCGUAUGCUCAAUUUAACCCCAUACCAAAUCAAAUAUCAAGUGAUGACUUCUAUAAACUACAAACUAAACCAUCAAGUACUUCCUCAACAUCAACCUCAACCACAUCAACUACAUCUACUACUACCUCAACUACAGCUGCACCGCAACAUUAUUUCGCCUACAAUACUCACCCACAAGUUGAAUACUCUUAUCCAGAGAUCAAUCAAAUUUCGCAACAACAACCUGUACAAGAGGAAGAGAAACCACGAUUGACUACUCGCCCGCCAGUACAAACAACCACGGCUGAGGAAGAAUAUCGUAUGAAACAAUACUAUAGAAAACAAGAGGCUAAUCGUCAUCGUCCUCAGGUCGUAAGCCAAACUAACUCUCCCUACGAACAAGUACAUUAUACACCAGUCAAUUUGGAAUAUGAAAUUUCCAAGACAACAACCAAAAAACCCAGAAUAACAUUCUAUAGUCCCACAGCUUCACCCGUUUUAGAAGAAGAUUAUAAUACAGUACCUCCUCGUCAACAGCAACAGCAACAUGAACAACAACAACAGCAGCAACCUCAAUUGCAGCAACAACAUCAUCAAAUUCAACAGCAACAAUUUACUCCUAACGAACAAUUGCCAGCCAAUCAUCGUCCUUCUUAUAUACAAAAUGAAAUUGCUGAUAGUCCAGUGGAAUAUGAACCCAAUCCUUAUCAAUUGCCCUCUGAGUUACCACAAUUGCAACCCAACUUCCCUGGAUUGGUAAAUAAUCUCAAGGAAAUGAAAGAACAACAACCUAGUACCCCAGAACAAACUACAUCGACUCAGGAACAAACAACUGUAACACCACCACAAACUUAUCCAGAACCUGAAUCAUCCACUAGACCAACAAGAAGACCUAUUAAUCGUGUACGCAAACCAGCCUCUACCAGAGUAACUUCUUCAGUGUCUUAUUCGGAAUCCGAGACAUUCACUAGAAGACCCAUUAACCGUGUCAGACGUCCAUUUGGAUCGCGCAAUACUGCCUCUACUCCUAGUCCAGUAAAUAUGGAUUAUGAUGAGACAACCACUACAACAAGACGUCCUUCUUCUGCUCGCAAUCCCUUAAUACGUAAUCCUAAUCGUAUACGUUAUCAACCCACGCCGGAAGAGAGACAAACCUUAAGACUUAAACCCAAAAGAAAAUACAAUAGCUCGGGUAAAGUGGUGAAUGAAAAUGAAGACUUAGAUUAUCAACGUGAUGUUUUGAAACAAAAUUAUCCCGUAUUCAAACCAAACAGCUCACGUAGACCUAGCAGUAGUCCCACAGCUAUACCCACUACAUAUGAAGUGACCACUACCGAAGCUCCUACUUCGGAAACUCAACAAGUGUACACCGUAACUCCCAGCAACAAUAUAGAUAAUGAACAAAAUUUCCCCGCCGGUCUUUUGGAACCCAUGCAAAUUGCUCAGCAAUAUAAUGAAUACAAAAAUAACUAUGGUCCCGGUUAUUUCCCCAAUCAAGAAGAUGUUAAUCCCACUGAAGCGGUCAUAAGAAAUGAAAUCAAUCCCGUCUAUAGUACAGUGCCCAGCACAACACCUUCUACUACCACUACAACUACCACAACAACGACGACAACCACAGAGGCUCCAGUUAUAACGACAAGACGCUCUCCUUUCAUUAGAAGAAAUUAUCCCAGAAUAAGGACCACCACAACUGAGACACCAACCACUACCACACCAGCUGAGGAGGAUAAACCAUCGACUCGUAAUCGUCUAACACCCCGUAAGAUAAUCAAAAUACGUGCCCGCACACGUCGUCCUUUGCACCCUGCCUCACCUACCCCUGCACCCGAAGAGGAACAUGAAGCCACUGAACAGCCAAAGCAAAACUAUCGCAAAUUAAACCGUUUCAAUCAAGAUUUAUACGAUAAUGAGACCCCAAGACGUCGUUAUAAACAAAAAUUCCAAUUGGAAGGACAAGAAUCCCAAUGGUCACCAUCUGCUAAGGCGGGACCUUCUAGCAAUUUCAAACCCAUCAAUCCCAAAGAAAACAGAAAUCAACAUAAAUUUGAAAAUGAACCCGAAAUUGUGACAGCUGGACCUGAAAGCGAUAACAAGGAGAAUUAUGAAAUAAAAGUAUCGGCCAAUUAUGGACCAUCAGCCGCCAAUGGCAUGAAGCAACCCAAUUUAAAACCAGAAAAAUCCUUUGCUGAACUUCUAGAAGAAGUUAUGGGCAAGGCACCUGAAGAAAAACCCAUGGAAACGACCAUGAGUCCAGAACUCUCGACAGAUGGUACUGUUUUUGAAGCACAAAAAACUACAAUUGCCAAUCGUAUAUUGCGCCGAGGCAAAUGGAAGAAGACUCGUGUCUCUUCAUCAGUCCGAACCAGCAGCAGCAGCAGUAGUGGUAAUGGUGAAAGUUUUGAAACUGCUGAAUCACAAAAUCUAGGUUCUCAACUAUAUAACUCUUUGCACAAGUCAGACAAACCCAGUACUACGGUUGAGGUACAAAAAGAUUGGAAAACUACUACACCCAUGACCACAGCGGCUGAAAUCAAUUCCAUGUAUAAUGGACUUACAACCACUGCCACGCCCCUUAGUUCUAUGGAAGAAUAUAGUAUGUCCACUGCUAAGCCUCAAGAACUUUUAGCCACAACUUUACCCAUGAAUGUGGAAGAAACAAAAAUGGUUACCGAAAGAAGCCAAGAUAUGAGCAACCAACAAGAAAGUGCUACCAGACGUAUGGAUGAAGAUAUGGGCAUGGAAGAUGAUUUGGAAAUUCAACCCAGUCUUUUCUCCGAAGUUAAGAAACAAUUGCAUGAACUAUUCUCCAUAGAAGAAAGUGAUGAUACAGCGGUAACUGCAGCUUUGGCAGCGGUAGGUAGACGUCGCCAGGAGUACACACACAUUAAGAGACCAAAAGUGGAGACCACAACAGCAUCCGGUAUUGAUCUGGUUUCCAUAACCGAACCCAUGUCCGUGGAAGAUAAGAAAGCCUUCCAUCGAGAACUAAUGAAACAUGUGGUCUAUGCCACAUCGUCACCUGUCCAACAGGAUGAAACAUCUGAGGCAGAAAUUUGCUAUAGAGGGCGUUGUAUAAAAUCCGAGGAUUUACCAUCUAAUCACAAAUUAAAUUAAAACU